AUGACAAGCUCUCGCGAACCUUGCCCUCGGCGACAAGCUCCUGUCGUCGAGCCACCUCCCUCUGCGGUCUGCGGUUCGUGGUCCUACGAUAAGGAGUACGUGCUGAAGAGGAACUUUAGGGCUAGGGUUCUCAAGGCUGGGAUGCCAGGUCGUCCUCACUCCAGAGCUUCAAGGAAUGGUGGUUGCUAUAAGAGAAGGGAGAAAAAUGGUGGGGGUGAAGAGGAGAAAAGGCUCGGGGAAGGUGGGGGUGGGGAUGAGAAAAAGGAAGAGAAACCACAUGAGGUAUGUGAUAAAAAGACAGAGGAAGUAGCUAGAGAGAAUGAGAAGGAAGCGGAAGAAGGCGAGGAGGUGAAGAAAUCGGAAGAUGGUUGUGAAGUAGUAGACAAGGAUAUCUCUCUUUGGGGAGUGCCACUUUUCCUGGGUAAGGGUUUUGAGGGCAUUGAUGUUGUUUUCUUGAAGUUCUUAAGGGCUAGGGAGUUCAAGGUUAAUGAGGCUUUUGAGAUGCUGAAGAAAACCCUUCAAUGGCGGAAGGAGUCCAAGAUCGAUUCGAUUUUGGAUGAGGAUGUCUGUGCCGAUCUGAGCUUUGCCGCUUACUUGAACGGCGUUGAUCGCGAAGGCCACCCCGUUUGCUACAACAUUUUUGGGGUUUUCGACAACGAGGAGCUCUAUCAGAUGACUUUUGGAAAUGAGGAGAAUGGAGGGCAAUUCCUAAGGUGGAGGCUCCAGCUGAUGGAGAAGAGCGUACAGAAGCUUGAUCUGAGGCCUGGUGGUGUCACUUCUCUGCUUCAGAUCAACGACCUCAAGAACUCUCCCGGUCCGGUGAAGAAGGAGCUCCGGAUUGCCACAAAGCAAGCUGUUGGGCUUCUGCAGGACAACUACCAUGAGUUGGUUGCCAAAAAGAUCUUCAUAAAUGUUCCUUUCUGGUAUUAUGCACUUAAUGCAUUGCUAUCUCCUUUCUUGACUCAAAGAACCAAGAGCAAGUUCGUCGUUGCUCGCCCCGCGAAGGUCACUGAAACCCUUCUCAAGUACAUUCCAACUCAGGAGAUACCUGCUCAGUACGGUGGUUUCAAGAGGGACAACGACAGCGAGUUUUCUGCCGAAGAUGGCGCUGAUUUAUGUUUUCAGGUUUGUAGCACAUUACUGUGGGACUUGACUGUUUUAGGAUGGGAAGUGAAUUACAAGGAGGAAUUUGUUCCAACUGAUGAGGGGUCGUACACCAUUAUUGUUCAGAAGAAGAAGAAAAUGGGGUCUAACGAAAGCCCAAUUCGCAACACUCUCCGAAGAAACGAACCCGGGAAGGUUGUCCUGACAAUCGAGAACAAUUCGCGCAAGAAGAAGAAGGUUCUGUACCGGUACAAGGCCAAGAAGUGCUCCACCUUAUGA